GCUGUUCCUGCUGUCUGCUGGCAUUUAUGUUGCAUAAAGCUCUUUGGAGGGCCUGCUGCAGUUGUCGCUGCUGCUACGGUUGGCGCAGCUGCCCUCCUCCUUAGGCUCCUCUUCGCAGCGCUGUGUCGCCAAUAGGGAAGCAUCAGAAAGGGCGGACAAGCAACGGUCGCGUCGUCCCGCUCCAUGGUCAAUGCAGCAGUGUUUCCUCAUAGUAUACUGCAGGCGGUCUAGCGCAUAUAGCAGCCAUAUCAGACUGUUUUUCUCUUGCUGAAUCUCCCCUCAUGCUCCUGUGCCUACUCCAACGUUGGGCCACGAUCGGAGUGCUGCCGUCAUCACGACCACGAACCAUAACUCGGCCUCCACAGCCGGCGCAGUCAGCCGCCGAAGAGGUAGAGCGAUAAGAGCAAACGCUACGACAGCGACGGCGACAAGAAGCGUGCAUGAGGCUGGUGGAAACGAGAACAAAAUGCGAGCCUGCUUUUGCCUGUCUGGCCAGUAGCAGCAAAGACGACUCGAGGUUCCGCUCGCCACCUGCGUCUACCCGCAGACAUCGACAGAGAGAAAAACACAGAGAUAGGAGGAGAGCCAACAGUCGCUUUGGAUCUUCGGAAACGGACCGCUGUGAGUGGCUACCACCGUAUGGAACUGUCAUAACUCUGUGAAGAAAUUGCUGACCUUACUAAACUGCUCGUGUGUGGAGUAGUGCGCUGCAGCGGGAACAUUACAGCGGUCUAUACCAGCAGUACGAGUGGUCGAUACCAGUGGUCGGAGAGCAGCGGUGCAACAGUAGGACCAGCAGCCUUAUAGAGAAAUGGGGUAAAGGGGUGCGUCUGAAUUAGCUUAGCCUAAAUAAUUUCGGCCUGAAUGACCAUCGUCUGCGACCAUAAUCAAGAUUCAAAGACCAUAGCCGUCUACGUUGUUGUCAGGCCGAAACAGGACUAAAAAAGGCCCGUUCCUGCGUGUCUAUACAGAAGUCCAGUCAAGCAAGAAGCAAGCGACGUCGCGUUCGCCGUCACCGUGACCUUUGUGCUGCUAUUGUUAAAAGAGCGGAAAGCCCUCCGAGGUAAGCGCGUAUCACAGUUUGCCUUCCCGUGAAUGAUUCUCCCUGCCUGCCUGCUUCGCUGUUCCUCUAUCAUUCCGUGAGUGAGUGUGUGUGUCCCUGCUACUAAGGCAAGCGUUUUGGUGGGGACCAUUGGCUCCAUCCAACUUUGUCGUAUUGCUUCGGCCUGUACUAAUGCCCUUAUCGCCGCUAGCCUCCUACAACCGACUAACUCGACAACGCAGCCGUCGCCAGGCCGUUAACGGCAGCAGCAGCACAAAACAGCUCUCGUGCGUCGCCGUGUGUACUCUUCUUGACUAUCUGACCACUGCCUGACUAUCGCAGAGUCUGGCUUAGUCUCUGUUCACACGUUGGUUGUUAGCGAAUGUGCAGUAGAGUGUUUGCUGUCUCUGGUGCUAAAGCUUUUAGCUGUUCCUGACUAGUUUGCCAUGAUCUGACCAAUUGCUAUUUUACGAGACGUUCUAAAUACGGUCGCAGUUAUACAACGACAGGACGUUACGUUACAUUUACGUAACAAGUGCAAGAGUACGGAGAGCCAUUCGCGUUGCCCUUUUUUUCCGCAGAGACAAAACAGAUCUGGCUGUUCGGCAAGCUUCUUAACGAGCUGACGUAUAAACGAGUUGACGACGAAUAAAAAGAAGCAGCAAAUAUCUUGGCAGUCCGAUCUCCGACGGCAGGAGACUCCCACAGUCGCGUCUGGUACCUCUGUCUUGUACCAGGUGCGCGGCUGUGCUAACAGCGAAAGUGUCGUGGAGAUAUCGCCACAUGCGGUGAGCUGCACUUAACGGUUGAAGAAGAUCACUGCGCCACCGUGAAGCUCAAGCAGCGGUAAAAUUUGUGUCGUUUGUUCAAAGUACAGUGGAUUAGCAGCAGCAAAUUAGGUUAGGAACUAAGUCGAUUCCCCAUCUUAUUUGGUAACCAGUGUGUCUUUAGUAGCUUGACGGAUAGCAUUGGGGUCUCGGGGUGCGGUUUUCGACGAGAUUUUCAGUGUGUCUUGCUUUGCAUGGCCACCAGCGACUUUUGCGCUCCGAGCUGUAUCGCCUUGCUCACCGAUCUUGUCUGAAGGGUGGUGGCGAUUUUACGAUUGCAGAAAAGCUUCAAUUCGCCGAAAAAAUAAACGAAGCAUUUCCUCUAAUCUAGUAAAGAGAGAGAGAGAAAAUUAAGCCAAAUUGUGGAUGUCUAUGCGUGUACGUGUGCAAAAGUUACAAGCAAACGUUGUGGCGUCACAGAACCGGCAACUGUUCCAUUUGUUCACAGCCAACUACGAAGUUUCGUCGUUUUUAUUUGCUUAUUAACGUUAGGGUUCACGCACUUGAGAGAAGUACGUUAUUAGAUUUUGUGUGCCAUUCACUGUGAGAAGUCAUACAGCUUUGAACGUAUCAGCAAGUUCAUUCUGGUUCGCCUCCAUUCUCACACGCCACUCGCUACUACCAACAGUUCAGUUCCUAUACCUCGACGAUAAUUAUCACAACGAAAAGAAGACACGACUGUUUGAGCAAAAGCUACAAUUGGCGCCAACUCGCAAGUAAUAUCUGCCCCGUCAGCUGCGGGCUGUACCCCCGCCUAUCGACUACAGCUAAGGCAAUUCAGCGUUGAAAGACCAGCAGGUGGCCGUCAAUGCUGUCGUAGCUAGAUGCCAAACGACAAAACAGAUUUUUUCGAAUUCACGUCCCAGUGAUAGCAACCGAAGCAAGAAGUACAAGCGACAGAAAUAAAUUCGAAGUAAUUUCACCGUUGCGAUCACCUCGCAUGCUGAAGUCGUACCUAACAGUAGUUAAUUAGCAAAGAGCCAAGGUCAUCGCAAUCGAUGAGCAAAUAGUAGUUGAAAUUUCGAAAGUCGAAAAAGAAAAUAAAUCCACCCUAAACAAAGUAGGAACUCUGCAGCGAACCAGUUUAGUCCCCCUAGAAAGCGUCAAGCGUGAGCACAUCUAAGAAACACCACUCAACACAUACGCCGGGUACACACAGGAACCGCGCGCAAUGACAGCAAUGGCCAAAGAUGCCUCGACGGACCAGAAUUUCGAUUACAUGUUCAAGAUUCUUAUUAUAGGAAAUUCGUCGGUUGGGAAAACUUCAUUUCUGUUCCGAUAUGCCGACGAUUCAUUUACAUCAGCCUUUGUUUCGACGGUCGGCAUCGACUUCAAGGUUAAGACCGUCUUCAGACAUGAAAAGCGCGUCAAACUGCAAAUAUGGGACACCGCAGGCCAGGAACGGUACCGCACUAUAACAACUGCCUAUUAUAGAGGUGCCAUGGGUUUCAUUUUAAUGUAUGACGUCACUAAUGAGGACUCGUUCAAGUGCGUUCAGGACUGGGUCACCCAAAUUAAGACAUACUCCUGGGACAACGCCCAGGUCGUACUUGUCGGUAAUAAAUGCGAUAUGGAGGACGAGCGGGUGGUUUCCACGGAGCGGGGUCGCCAGCUGGCCGAACAACUUGGGCUCGAGUUCUUCGAGACGUCUGCGAAGGAAAACAUCAAUGUGAAGCAGUGCUUUGAACGGCUCGUCGACAUUAUCUGCGACAAGAUGUCGGAAACUCUCGAUUCGGACCCUUCACUUGUCGGUGGAUCUAACAAAGGCACCAGACUGACCGACCAGGCUGCCCAACAGGGAGGACCCGGUCAGAACUGCCAGUGCUAAAAAAGGCACAUGCCAAACUCGGAUUAGGUAUGCGUCGAGGACAGGUGAAACGCUGCAUCAGUCAGCACAAGCUAUAAAAGUCGCUAAAAACAAGAGAAAUUUGAAAACGAUUAGGAGGUGGAGAAUAAUGCUACUUGCGGUGUGACCGGCAGUAAACCGAUCUGAUCCGAGGUGAAGUCACCGCACUUCAUAUGUCCGCUUGCUACGCAAGACCAGAUGGGACAUCAGCUUUGCAAGGCUAAAGAUAUAAGAAAAAAAAAACGACCGAAGUUGCAAUUAGAGUUAUUCGAGGAACCCUGGAUGUAAUGCAGGAAAUGUAGGCGCCUAUAUUGGAAACAGUAGGGGUAAUAAGGAAGUUGGUCCCCUGAUUGAGGAACGAGUUUUUUUUCUUUCAACUGAACUACAUUGGUCAUAACCUGAUGAUAGGCUGGUGAUGGGUGUGUAUGUAUGCAUCUGUCAUCCAUGACCGAAAAUAAAUGCGGGGAAACAACCAUAGGAUAUAACAAACAUUAAGGUAUUGGUAAGGAAAGAAUGGAUAAGUUAACUGGCUACAUCAGAAUGGAAUAUUUACUACUUUAAAAGGUGACGAAUGAGGAAGCGUUCAAACGAGACACCGUCAUACAGAGUUCUCGGAAGGUGCCUAGAAGCUGAUAAUAUGAAUAGCUAUUGAGAAGAAAUACAUUAUAGUGCUAUGCCCUACCUUGUAGCUUCCUUAUGCUGCGGCUGAAUGAACGCUAACUUGGAUAAUGACAGCAUAUGAAGUGGAGAUUUAAGCUAACUAAUAAUUAUAUAGCAGAGCUGAAA